AUGGCCGACGAUACAACACAGCUCACCGAGUCCGACAUCUGGGCCUCGCCCUCUCGAGUCAAUGCCCCACUUGCCUCUCGACCACGAACACCCAAGACACCCAAGACUCCCAGGACUCCGAAGACCCCCUUAGUCCAAGACCGUCCCACCGAGCCCAUCGACCAUGAGGCUGCCCUGCGCAAGGAGCUCGAGGGAGUCCGGGGUAUUAAUGAGGGCCUCGAGGGUGUAAUUGCCUCCCUGGAGCGCGCCGGGGGUAACAUGGAUACCGUAUUCAAAACCGUAAACAAUGCCUCCGUUCUCCUCAGCAGCUGGACCCGGAUAUUAUCCCAGACCGAGCACAACCAGCGAUUAAUCUUAGAUCCCGGUUGGAAGGGCGCAACCGAGGACGUCGCCGAACAAGAGGCCGAGGCGCUCAAGAAGCAGCUGGCUGCCGAGAGACGAGCGGCCGAGGAAGAGCAGAGGCGAGAAGAGGUCCGUCGCCGACGGGAAGAAGAAGAAGAGAGGCGGAGACUGGCGCCAGUUGCCUCCACCCGGGGUUCUCGAGGAGUUGCCAGAGGGACGCGGGCGAGAGGUAGAACCACUGCUCGUGGUACUAGCACAAGCUCAAGCUACCUGUCAGAAAGCAGCACAUCGGGUCUGCCCAGCAGUCGCGGAACAUCCAAAAUUGGCAGAGGGUUUGGCAUUGGGAGAGGUCGACCUCGAGGGGCGUGA